AUGGCUUCCUCAUCCAAACCCCCGAGCUUCCUCCUCUACACCUGUAUAGCCCAUCGCACAACAAUCCUCACCGAACACUCCGCCCCAGGAACAUCGUCCACCUCCGCCUCAUCCCUAGCCUCCAUAAUCCUCCCCAAGAUCACGCACGAUAAGUCCCAGAAACUCACCUACACCCACGACCGGCUCUUCGUGCACUGCAUCGCCGACUCCCCAACGGGAGAAGCAUCCGACGAUGCAACCCGCCAUGAGCCCGCAUCCCACCUCCCGCUGAGCUACAUCGUCGUCGCAGCCGCCGAGCAAGGCCGUCGCAUUCCGUUCGCGUUCCUGCUGGAGAUGAAGCGCAAGUUCCUGUCUACGUAUCCGCCGUCGAGUAAUGAUUUCCCGUCUCUGCCUGCGUACGGGUGUGCGGCGUUUAAUGUGGAGUUGCGGUCGCUGCUACAGACUUUCAACACAGCCUCUCCAUCAGACUCGCUGGCGCUGGCGAAGCGAGACAUCGACGAUGUGCGGGGAAUCAUGACGGAGAAUAUCGAGCGGGUGUUGGAGCGCGGGGAGAGAAUUGAUUUGUUGGUUGACAAGACGGAUCGGUUGGGAGGGAGUGCGCACGAUUUUCGGAUUCGGAGCCGCGGGUUACGGAGGAAGAUGUGGUGGAAGAAUACUAAGUUGAUGAUUAUGGUUGUGGUGGUGGUAAUUUUCUUGUUGUAUUUGUUUGUCGGGAUGGGGUGUGGACUGCCAGCUUGGGGGAGGUGUGUGGGUUAG